AUGCGAGCUACAUAUAGAUACACUCCUAUUCUAGCUUAUCUUAUGAUUCCAAACCAUGUUCUAUUUUACUCAUUUGGAAAGUGUAUAUUCUCUCUGUGUGAUGUAUUGUGUGGAAUACUAGUGUUUCAAAUAUUCAAAAACCAGGGAAUUGAAACGCGCAAAAAUCUUCGUCUGACUUCGUUAUGGGUUUUCAAUCCGUAUGUGAUAUAUUUAUCGACCCGAGGCAGCGCCGAUUCACUGGAAUGCCUCUUUGUUUUUCUAACGGUAUUCCUUAUUCUAAAAGGGAAGAUUGCUUUCAGCGCCAUUGUUUUUGGUAUUUCUGUUCAUUUUAAGCUAUAUCCCAUUGUUUACUCAUUGGCAUUAUUUUGUUACAGUUUAUCUAAAUCCUGGAGAAAAGCGCUUCGUUUAACACUGAUUAGUGCAUCUGUGUAUCUUUCUCUCCAAUUCUUAUUUACUGAAAUCUAUGGAAUUACAUUUCUGAACGAAACCUUGUUUCACCAUGCGCAGAGAGUGGACAUAAAGCACAAUUAUUCGAUCUACUUUUACCCAUUCUAUCUUCUCUCUUCUAUGCACCGCAAGCCAGGUCUGUGGGUGUGGAUUCCUCACCUCCUUCUUUUUCCACUGAUAUCAGUCAAGUUUUAUCAAGACCUACCACUAGCCAUAUUUGUGUUGACGUUUUUAUUUGUCACGUUCAAUAAGGUUAUAACAGCACAGUACUUUAAUUGGUGGAUAGGUCCUUUGAUCCUAAUUGUGCCCCAAUCUUCGCUAACAAAACUGCAAUGGGUAAUGAUAUUGAUUCUAUUUUUAGGACCGCAAAGUCUGUGGAACUAUGUUGCAUAUCAAUUGGAGUUUAACGGAAAGAAUACCUUCAGGGAAGUGUGGUUUCUUUGUAUAGUUAUCUUCAUCUCGAAUGUGAUAUUGUUGCUCAUUAUUUUGCAGGGUCAUAAUUUUGCAUUGUUUAAGUGUAAAACUGAUUAG